AUGCAGACACCCGCGGGCCAGAGAGAGAUCGAGUCGAAUCAAGUUCACCAAUCGUUUCAGGUCCUCGUUGAUGCAUGUCACCAGGAAGAGCCAAUUCAUCUAGAUUCAAUCCAGUCUCACUCAACACCAACCACAACAGCCGAGUCUGAUUCCGUCACAAACGCCCCGGGCACCCUCACAACGCCCGGGCAAACUUAUGGAUUCGUCCCCUCGCCAGGAACAGAUACGUCGGUUGCAUCGACCAGGGUUGCACCACUCAGUUGGUUUGAGUUGCUUGCCACUGAUGCCGCCAAUGCAGACGACCGAUUUUUGCUCUCACCUCCCCAGCAAUUUCCCCGGUCGCGCGCCGACGAGCCGGUCGAAGACCCCCAGAAUAGCUCCAAUUUAAGACCGCGGACCUUGCGAGAGCGUGAAAGCUUCUACGCCGCGGCCUUUGCUCGAAACCCGGAAAUUGAGCAACGCCUUGCCUCGCAAACUCCCGAAGGGGCCUCCGCCGUAUCGGAUGACCCCUUGUCAUGGAGCACGCACACCCCAAUACAAUUGUCUGACUUGGAACAUGUCCUUUUUACACACUUCGUGCGUAUCUCCAGCCAAUGGUUGGAUCUUUACGACCCUAUAAAGCAUUUCUCAACCGUUGUGCCUCACCUGGCCCUGAGAAAUGUCGGGCUAAUGCGCGCGCUCCUGGCCCUCUCAGCACGCCAUCUCUCUCUGCAUUCCGAUGAACAUCAAAACGGACAUGGUUCUAUCCAUGCAGAGGCUCUCUUCUCGGAGGAGAUCGCUAGCCCAGACAGAAUCGACAGGAACUUGGCUGUGCAAUAUUACUAUGAAACACUUCAUUAUCUGAAUAGAGCCAUGCAACACCCAUCAUAUGCUCGCAGCCUUGAAGUGAUCGCAACUUCUCUGCUCAUCAGUACCUACGAAAUGAUUGACGGGUCCAAUCAGGACUGGGAGCGACACCUCAAAGGCGUAUUCUGGAUCCAACGCUUUCAGGACAACGAUGGAGAAUCUGGUGGCCUGAGACAAGCGGUUUGGUGGGCCUGGAUACGGCAAGAUGUCUGGGUAGCGAUGAGAGAGCGGCGUCGGGUUUUUAGUUUCUGGCAACCAAAGAAGCCCCUGGUCUCGUUGACUGCCUCGGAGUUAGCAACACGUGCAACAUAUCUCUUGGCACAGUGUGUCAACUAUACGUCAAGAGAAGAGCAAGAAACAUCGGACCUCUCCCGACGUCUUGAACGUGGGAGUGAAUUGCUGUUCCUGCUGCAGGAAUGGUUUGAUCACCUCCCGCCGGAAUAUAACUCCCUGCCUCUCUCAACCGACAUUCACACCUUCCCACCAGUCUGGGUGAAUCCAUCUGCCUACGCUGCGGCGUUGCAAGUGCAUAGCCUUGCCCGUAUUCUUGUGGUUCUUCACCGGCCAUCCACUGGGGGUAUGGAGGAUUACCGGGCGGCGCAAAGCCUCUUGAGACUUUCAGUGAAUACCAUCUGCGGUAUUGCAAGGACCAUUGAUGAACAGGAUCAUGCGGCUAGCCUAGUGUCUAUACACUGCUUGUUUGGAGGUAAGUCUUUUUCGGAUCACACGAUCAAGAUCACCGGAUUAAUGGCUCUUUAG